UGUCCAUGAAAAACAUCUGCAUGCGUAGCAACCAAACUGAGUUUGACAAAACAACAAUAAAAAAUCUGAAGCCUGAUUCGAAAGCAAACAUAUUGGGGACACAAGUGCAAUAUGAAACCAUUAGCCAUCGUACAUGUUGUACUAUUUUUAUUGGGGAACGUUCUAACUUAUCCUACGGGGAUUUCCGUCGGCGAUAAGGUUCAUGAUAUAAUAGACCUCAUCCCGAAAGAAAGAAUUAGCGAACUAGCUCAGCAACACAUGCAAAAUGAUGAAGGUUUUAAAGCUGCAAUAUUCUACCUUCAAGGAAAGGAAUGGAACGAUCUUCUCGAUGCCCUAAUGCAAAAGCCCGAAUUUAUUAAGUUUGAAGAAAUAACUAAACAGAUGAACCUAAACAUUACAGGUAUGAUUAUGUGCAUUAAAUCCAAUAUAUUUUCUCUCCAAGUGAACGAGGAGCCAACAUCCAAACCCGACCUCACCCCGUUCAUUAAAGAAGUAGAGGAGAGUCUACCUUUGGCUAAAAUGAUUACUACCCUUACUGCUAAGGGAAGCGAUGAGGACGCCGUCCAAUCAAUUCAAGUUCCGUUCGAUUAUGAACUUUUCCAGAAGAUCUUGGACGAUUUGCUGAACGUAAGCGAAAUGAAGACAAUGCUGGACAAAAUCAAGGAAAUGGGUUUCGAUUUGAAGCAAUAUAUUGGUUUUGUACAUGCUUUCUUCGAGUGGGUGCUCAAUUAACGUCCUUUAGGUGUGUUAUUAGGAGUAUCUACCUUCCUAAGUGAAUUUAGUUGCUGUUAUAUUAGAAUUAGUUUUAAUUAUUUUGUUAACCUUGUUGAAAUGAAAAUG